CAAGAUGGGAGACAACGAGGGGGAAGUUUUGCGUGGGACUUUCCCCAGCCUCAUGGCGGAAGGAACAAUGCUUAGCCGGCGCGGGGAGCUCAGCAAAGCUCUGUCUUACUACACUUACGCUUUGCAGCUUCAACCUGGUGACAGGAACUGCCUUGUUUCCCGUUCAAAAUGCUACUUGAGACUUGGAGAUACAGAAAAUGCCCUAAAAGAUGCAGAAGCCUCUCUGACUGCUGACAAAGAAUUUACUAAGGGACUGUAUCAAAAAGCAGAAGCCUUGUAUACUAUGGGUGAUUUUGAAUUUGCUUUAGUCUUUUAUCAUCGAGGGCACAAGCUCCGCCCUGAUUUGCAGAAAUUCAGACUGGGUAUUCAAAAAUCCAAAGAAGCAAUUGAAAAUUCAGUUGGAAGCCCAUCAUCCGUGAGACUAGAGAAUAGAGCGGACCUCUGCUUUCUGAGUCGCCAGGCAGAGAGUAAAAAAGCAAAGCAGAAACUCCAUAUCAAAAAGGAUGCAAAGUACUUAAGUAAACAACAGGCCCCCGUGAGGAAUGAGAAGAUGGAACGACAGCUCCUGGGAGAGCUCUAUGUUGACAAGGCUUUUCUGGAAAAACUGCUCAAGGAUGAAGAGUUGAUCAAAAGUGUUACCAAGCAGGGGGUAACUGUUGGAGACUUACUUCAGGAGGGUCUUUCCUACCUGGAUACUCGCACAGAUUUCUGGCAGCAGCAAAAACCUAUUUAUGCUCGGAUCAGAGAUCGCAAGCUUAUGUUGAAAAGAUGGACCAGAGAUCAAAAGCGGAAGCCCUCUGAGGUGGCAAGAUACAUACUAAAGAGCAUGGAGGACAUUGAUAUGCUGCUGACUAGUGGCUGCCCUGAAAGAAGUUGCCAGAAAGCUGAGCAAGUACUGAAAAAAAUCCAGAGCUGGUCCGAUGAUGAAAUCCCCAACAGGAGCGAGCUGGUUGGAAAUCUUUACAGCUGCAUUGGAAAUGCUUACAUUGAGAUGGGGAAUAUGAUGGCAGCUUUGCAGAGCCACCGUCUAGAUCUGGAUAUUGCCAAAGAAAACAACAUGACUGAUGCCAUCUCCAGAGCCCUUGACAACAUUGGUCGGGUAUAUGCCCGUAUGGGCAACUUUCAGGAAGCCAUUGACACCUGGGAGGAAAAGAUUCCUCUUAUGAAGAGUAAUUUGGAGAAAACUUGGCUGUUCCAUGAAAUUGGCAGAUGCUACCUAGAACUCAACAAAGCAGCUGAAGCUCGAGACUAUGGUGAAAAAUCCUUGCAGUGCGCAGAGGAGGAAGGAGACAUUGAGUGGCAGCUCAAUGGCGGGGUAUUGGUGGCACAGGCACAGGUGAAACUGGAGGAUUUUCAGUCUGCAGUCACAUAUUUUGAAAAGGCUCUAGAGAAGGCAAAACGUAUCCACAAUGAUGCAGCUCAGCAGGCAAUCAUCAUUGCUCUAGAUGAAGCCAACAAAGGGUUCAUCAAAGAGUUGAAAGAAGAACAGAGACUUGAGAGGAUGCGUGAAUUGAAAGAGUUAGAAGAUGAAGAGGAGGAAGAAGAAGAGUUGAAGGAGGAAGAGCUCAAGAGAGAUGCAGAUGAUACAGAAAAAAAGGAGGAAGCUGAAAAACUUGAAUCUGAAGAUGUGAGAGAGGUAUUAUCCCAAGAAGCAGAAGAGGUGCCUGCACCUGAGAAUAGGGAGAUGCAACAGAUGGAGGGAGAACCAGAUCAAGGAGAAACUGAGAAGAAAGGAGAAGAACAUGAAGAACCUGAGGAAGAACCUGGGGAAGAACUUGGAGAAGAACCUGAGAAAGAAUUAGAACCUGACCCAGAAAAACCGAGUGAAGAAACUGUAGGAUAAGAUUGGUGAAAAUUGUUUUUGGCUUGUAUUUUGCCUCACAAUAUUUUCUCUCUACAUUAUCGCUUGUGAUGUUCUGACUACUAAAUAAAACACAAAUAAAAUAA